AUGAUUAUGGAUUUUCUGAGCGAGAAGUUUGCCCUGAAGAGCCAGCCGAGCAAAAACAGUGACUUUUACAUGGGAGCAGGAGGCACUUUGGAGCACGUUAUGGAAACUUUGGACAAUGAGUCCUUUUAUAGCAAAACGUCAGGCAGCAAAUGUGUGCAGGCCUUCAACCCUCUGCAAAGGGCUGAGCAUCAUGUGAGGCUGGACAGGACAUCACCCUGCCAGGACAAUAACGUGAACUAUGGGAUUACUAAAGUGGAAGGACAGCCUCUUCACGCAGAGCUGAACAGGCCCUUGGACAACUGCAACAAUCUCAGGAUGUCUCCGGUGAAAGGGAUGCAGGAGAAGGGGGAACUGGAUGAACUUGGUGAUAAGUGUGACAGCAAUGUCUCCAGCAGUAAGAAGAGGAGACACAGAACAACUUUCACCAGUUUGCAGCUGGAGGAACUGGAGAAAGUAUUCCAGAAAACUCAUUACCCUGAUGUCUAUGUACGAGAACAACUAGCUCUGAGAACAGAGCUCACUGAGGCCAGAGUCCAGGUUUGGUUCCAGAAUCGAAGAGCAAAAUGGAGGAAAAGAGAACGUUACGGUCAGAUCCAGCAAGCUAAGAGCCAUUUUGCUGCCACUUAUGAUAUAUCUGUUCUUCCAAGGACUGACAGCUACCCUCAGAUUCAGAACAAUCUGUGGGCAGGGAAUGCGGCUAGCGGUUCUGUGGUUACUUCCUGCAUGCUACCACGAGAUACUUCCUCCUGUAUGACACCUUAUUCCCAUUCACCCCGGACAGAUUCUGGCUACACAGGCUUUUCAAACCACCAGAACCAGUUCAGCCAUGUGCCCCUCAAUAAUUUUUUCACUGACUCUUUACUUUCUGGGACAACCAAUGGACAUGCUUUUGAAACCAAGCCGGAAUUUGAAAGGAGGUCCUCCAGCAUUGCAGUUCUACGGAUGAAAGCCAAAGAGCAUGCUGCCAAUAUUUCCUGGGCCAUGUAA